AUGGAAUCCAGAGUUAAAAGUUUUAAGGACAUUAAAACAUUGCAAGACUGUGAAAAGAAUAAUUUAAGUUUAUCAACGCCUUUUUCAAUCAAUGACAUUUUGACGAAGGAAAAUGAGUCUAAGUGCGAAUUCGAAAAUCGAAUGUUUUGUUCGGGCGCGUUUGGCGGGAAGAUGAACUUUAUAAACAAGCAAGGAGGUUUUAGUAAGGAGGACGGUUAUGCUAGCAAGGAGGUUCUGGAAAAGAGUAUGAAGUAUUAUGACGACUGCAGUUUUCGUGAUUAUUCUGACGACGGUGCUUUGGACAUGUCGAGGAAAAACAGUUUUCCGGUCACAGAGUUGUCAGACGACUAUGACUCCCGCUCCUCAAACACCGGCUCUCCAGUCAGAAGGAGCUCCUCACCGCACUCCGACAUCCAACCCCCCUACAAACCCUUUAACAUCAACUACGACAAAUGCCCAACACCACCACUCACAGACCAGAACAGACUGAUGACGUCAUCCUACCCCCCAAUGGAAUACUCCCAGGGUAAUGGAAGAAAGAAGCGUUCAAGAGCCGCCUUCUCCCACGCUCAGGUCUACGAAUUGGAGAGACGGUUUAGCCAGCAAAGGUAUUUAUCAGGACCCGAGCGCGCCGAUUUAGCUGCCAGCCUGAAACUAACAGAAACCCAAGUGAAAAUAUGGUUCCAAAACCGACGUUAUAAGACCAAACGAAAACAGUUACAGAUGCAAGAAAGCGGUAUGCUAGCUGCCGCGGCGGCAGCGGCGAACCACGCGAGGAAAGUCGCAGUUAAAGUACUAGUUAAUAAUAACGGACAACCUAGUUUAUCAGAUCUUAAACCAUACCAAACUCCUAUGCUAGGUAAGCCAUUAAACCCAGCGAUGUUCGCGCCACCGAAUCUUCUAGAAGGGUCUCCAAUUUUGAAACACUUCGCUGGAGUAUACGGUGUUGACUUUGGAAAAAAUCCCGAAUACAAAGCUUUAUUGCAAGAGUCCUAUAAUCAAGCGGUAUUGCAGUCUCUUUACGGGCCGCAUUUAGGGGUAAACUACCCUAAUUUACCCCUAUCUUAUAUGUAUUACCCCGGCCAUCCCGCGCUCGGAAUGCCUUUACCUUGCGAGGUGGAUGCUAGGAUUCAAGAAAAUGUAGACUGUCCGAAGGAAUUCGGCGAAAUGAAAGAUGAGAAAAUUGUUGACAAAAGUAAAAAGAUGGUCGAUUUAAAUGAGAACAGCAACGAAAGUAUGGCGAGUAAUAUUGAGAUAGAAAAUUAG